AUGGCUCAGCAGAAGCUUGCCCGUAAGCAGGCCUCCAAGAAAUCUAGAGCCCAGAAGAAGCAGGCCAAGAAGGCGAAGGCCUCUGCAAAAGUUCUUGCGGAUGAAGCCGCCAUGAAUGAGCCCACCGCCCACAUUCAGCAGACCGCUACUGUCGAAGUGCCGGAGACCAUCACGCCAACCAUCAAUGGACAACUCCCAUUGGCGGAGCACAUAUCCCCAGUAGUUCUUAAUAUCAUUCAGAGGUCGACUGAUAUCGAGCAGAUCUUGGAGAAGGAGUCAUUUAUUAGAGUGACCAACGAGCAGGAUCUGGUCGAAGCCGUGGUCGAGAUGAUUCCUGUACCUUCCAAAUCGCUCGCAGAUAUCGUGAUGAGCGAUGGCCGCUUCGGUCUCCAAUUCGGCUUCGAAGACGCGUUCGAUAAUGCUGAGCCCCUUCAGAGUGUCGAUACGACUGACGAUCGCUCCAGCCUCCAAAUCAUACUCAUCCUUGUGGAGCUCGAAGACAAUGUUUUGCGACUCUGCGACAUCGUGCAGGCUGAGAUCUUUGCACAACAGGAGUCCUACGACGGAAACUCCAAGUCUCUUGCGGCCUCACCAUCUCGCAAUUCACCUGCAAGUGCUCAGGAGUUGCAGCUCAGUGAUCCAGUCUUCUGUGGCGGCUAA